UUAAAGAUGGCAGUCGCACGGUGAAUCAGGGGUAAAAGAGGGAGAGAGAGAGAAAGAGAGAGAGAAACGUUGCAAACGGUUGUCAACAAAUAGCAAGAUUUGUACUCGCAGAACGGGCGAUUUGGGAUGAUUAAAGAAACGAGAGAGUUGAAUCGAACUUAAGUUACGUCUCUUCUCUUUUUAUGUAACCACCACGCGAGAGAAUAAACCGCCGAAAGUGCCGAGAGUAUCGGAAGCAGCACGGGGCAAGAGCUAUCGAGAAACAGGCCUUCCUCUAUCUGAAACACAGACUUUGAUGAAUGUCUGAGAGUGAUUACGAUUCAGCAAACGAGUACACAAGCCUGAUGGACGGUCACGUCGCGGAGUCUCGCCCGGACGACUUGAUCCUGGACAACGAGCGUCGGAAGGGCCGUUCCAGAAGUGCCAAUGAAGAGAUAGAAAAUGGGGUUCCUGAGGUACACAUCGAAACGCCAGGUUCAGCUGUGGCCCGAUCAAAUAGACGAGGCACAUCCGGUAGCAAUAAUCAAAAUAGACGGAGGCACUACAGAGACGAGGAAGAAGAAGAACUGAAGUAUGGGGCGGCGCAUGUGAUCAAACUCUUUGUCCCUGUUUCGCUGUGUAUGCUGGUUGUGGUAGCCACUAUUAGCUCAGUCCAUUUCUAUACAACCAAGGGAAUGUACUUAGUAUACACUCCGUUUCAUGAGGACAGCUCCGACACGAGUACCAAAGUCUGGCAGGCGUUUGCCAAUUCGCUGAUUCUCAUGAGCGUCAUUGUAGUUAUGACUGUGAUACUUAUCAUCCUUUACAAAUACAGAUUUUAUAAAGUCAUACAUGGCUGGCUGAUCAUAAGCUCUCUAUUGUUACUUUCAAUGUUUUCCGCUCUAUAUUGCGAGCAAAUGUUGAAAGCUUACAACAUUCCAAUGGAUUUAUUCACGCUAGGUAUAGGCUUAUGGAAUUUUGGUGUAGUCGGAAUGAUUUGCAUUCACUGGCAAGGGCCGUUGCAACUUCAACAGGCGUAUCUGAUCUUUAUUUCCGCCUUGAUGGCACUCGUUUUCAUUAAAUAUUUACCUGAAUGGACAGCAUGGGUUGUCCUCGGUGUUAUAAGUAUUUGGGAUUUGAUUGCGGUUUUAAUGCCGAAGGGUCCACUAAGGAUACUUGUCGAAACCGCGCAGGAAAGAAACGAAUCUAUUUUCCCUGCUCUAAUAUAUUCUUCUACCAUCUUAUACUCAUUUACUGUGACUUACGCUGGAUAUGUACAAGCAGCUACAAUGGCGUCUGGAGAUACUGCGGCAUCUCCUACGCGUGGUCAGGCGGACAAUCAAAAUAAUCCAGUAUCAGGCGAUACAGAAGAGGGAGGUUUCUCUCCCGAAUGGGUAGAAACGCACGAUGAGCGUAGCACGAGGCGCGCUCAAGAGGUACGCGAGAACUCGUCCGUGACAACGGAAAGCACGAGACAGCAAGACAAUCGUCCGCGAGAGUCGCAACGACAAACUGCGGUCGCCGAGGAGGAACGUGGAGUUAAAUUAGGUCUCGGGGAUUUUAUAUUUUACAGUGUUCUCGUCGGAAAGGCGUCCACUUAUGGAGACUGGAACACCACAUUGGCUUGUUUUGUUGCUAUUCUUAUUGGCCUCUGUUUGACACUGCUAUUGUUGGCUAUAUUCAAGAAACCGCUACCCGCGUUGCCAAUUUCUACCACGUUCGGUUUGACGUUUUAUUUUGCCACGAGAGCGAUUGUCGCGCCAUUUGCUGAUAGUUUAGCGAGCGAGCAAGUGUUCAUUUAAAUUAAGGACGGUAAAAUCAUUGUAGUGAUGUUAAAGCAGUGUCAUAUUUUGAGGCAAGAAAUACAAUGAAAUAAUAAAUUAUAAUAAAUCUCGUUUAAGGGUAGGCUGUAAGGUUUGAAAAUAGACCAUCCUCUAAAGAUUAAUCUUCAUAUUACUUUCUCGAGCUGAUUUUUCUUUUAAAUAUAACUUGUUUUUUUUUGUGAAUUUUUAUUAAAUUAAACAAAUCAAGACGAAAAGUACCUACACUUUUAGACGUUUAUCAGAGAAUCGUGUAUCAAGUGUGUGUUAUGUGAGUGUGUCGUAAAAUGCUCAUCGAAAAGGGAAAUACUAAUUUAAAUUUUUAAUAUAGAUAGCAUAGAGAAUGAUAGAAAAUGUAAUUACUUUAGUAUUUUUCUAUGCGAAGCGAAUUCACAGGAACGCCUCGUUGUGAAACCAGGCGAUUUACAUUUCAUCGCGGCAAUAUGUGAUAAUCAAGCGGGAAAAUGCGCUGCAUUAUAACAAUUUAUUGUACUCCAUUGUUACACUUAUGGAACAUAUAGGUCUCGUAGGUUCAUGUAUAAAAAAAGCGAAUAACGACGGGAUGAUCGUGGUGAAUUGUAUGAAAUACGCGAGGUAAUGUCCGUUCGAAUAAGUAAUAACUGCCUCCUUAUACACUCAUCUCGAUUAGUAUUCGCAGUACGCACUGAACGGUGUCGUUACUCUAGAGCGUCGAGUUCGCUAUCACUAAUUAUUAAUUAUUAGCCAGGAUGAAUCUGUGGGGUUUUCUCGAGUCCAGGUUACACACAGCCAUGGAAUAAAUACCUUUUUUUUUUAUCAUACUACUGAAAAGCAUAUUUAUCGUACUUGUGGCGCUUAGUGUUUUUUUAAUAUAGAUUUUAUUUUAACAUACUAAAUAUAAUAGUUUUCUUGAAGCUGAAAGUGUUAUUUUUUUCCGUCGCAUCUUUGAACAUCUGAUAAGAAUACAGGACGAAAUGUCUUGGUUAUGUAACGAAGCUGUUUUUAUCUCAAGAUUUUUUGCAUGCCAAUAUAAGAUACUUUUUAAUAAAUUUUAAUAUUUCAAUCAUACAAUCCGAUCGAUCUGAUUGAUCAAUUGUCAUCCAUAGCAAUGCAGUGAUAUCUUUCAAAUCGAUAAUAUCGUUGAUCAACUUUGGUUUAAUAUUAAUAUU